AUGUCCAACACGCUUGCAUCAGUAUUCAGCCACGGUGAAAGCGAUCCUGCUAUCCUUACCACUGCCUCGUCGGUUCCGAAGGACCUGACUCUCUCAUAUGCCGACCUCAAGGCCCAGUGUGUGCGUUUCCACCAGCAGGCCGAAUCGCUGUUUGGUGGGCCGCUGCCCGUGGGCACCGUGCGCUGCGUGGCGGCCCCACUCAACCCUGCCAUGAAGCAGAGUGAGGUUGAGUUCUACCUCGAGGAUGCGUCCAGCAAGGUGUUUAUCAUUCCGGAGGGCGUCGGCGAGGACAACGAGGGAGUCAAGGCGGCGCGUAAGCUCAAUGUUGCGGUGUGGACUGCGGGCUGGGAGCAAGGGUCCGGAAUUAGGCUCGCAGUCCUCAAUGGCGAGACUGCUAAGAUUGAGGGAAGCUACCAGAUCAUUGAGCCGCAGGCGGACGAUGUUGCGCUGCUGCUGCACACAUCAGGCACCACGGGCCGGCCCAAGGCUGUGCCACUGACGCAUGCCAACAUUGCCCGCUCGAUGCUCAACAUCUCCAACACGUACAAGCUGACCAGCAUUGACCGGUCGUUCAUUGUCAUGCCGCUGUUCCACGUGCACGGCUUGAUCGGGGCCACGCUUUCGACUCUUUACACCGGCGGCUCCGUUGUUGUGCCUCCGCGCUUCUCAGCCAGCCAUUUCUGGCCCGAGUUCAUUGCAACCAAGGCGAACUGGUACUCGGCGGUGCCCACGAUCCACCAGAUCCUGCUGCGCCAUGAGCUGCCGAGCCCGAUGCCCCAGAUCCGCUUUAUCCGGUCGUGCUCAUCGGCGCUGGCUCCGACCGUGCUGCACCAGCUGGAGGAGAAGCUCGGCGCGCCUGUGCUUGAGGCAUACGCUAUGACCGAGGCAUCGCACCAGAUGUGCUCGAACCCGUUGCCGCCGGCUGUGCACAAGCCUGGAAGCGUCGGUCUGCCGCAGGGCGUCGAGCUCACCAUCCUUGACGAUGACGGCAACGAGACGAAGCUCGGCGAAGUGUGCAUCCGCGGACCGAACGUCACCGAGGGCUAUCUGAACAACCCCGAGGCCAACGCCAAGUCGUUCACGGCCGAGUCGCACUGGUUCCGCACCGGCGACCAGGGCUACAUUGACGAGGACGGCUACGUGGUGCUGACGGGCCGUAUCAAGGAGCUGAUCAACCGCGGUGGCGAAAAGAUCUCGCCGCUGGAACUCGAUGCCGUGCUGCUCAAGUGCCCAGGUGUCACCGAGGCCGUGAGCUUUGCUGUCGCUGAUGAGAUGUAUGGCCAGGAGGUCAAUGCCGCCGUGGUACCCAAGGAGGGUGCUAUUGUCACCGAGGAGGAUGUGCGCAAGUACAUGACGGAGAACGUCGCCAAGUUCAAGGUGCCCAAGCGCGUGUUUGUCGCCGAUAGCCUGCCGCGCACUGCCACGGGCAAGAUCCAGCGCCGCGUGGUCGCUGAGCACUUUGCUGGACCCCAGUAA